UCAAGUUGUUUAUAGCUUGACAUUUCUAAGCCUUGCCAACUCAGCUGUGUUUUGUUUUGAUCACAAGUGCUUUGGAAGAUCUGGGCGUGUUAGCUGCAGUGAGGAUGCCAAGUGGAGUGUUGGGCGGCGCCAGCUCGGAGUAGAGGCCCCGAGGCAGCCUCCACCGCCCACCGCGCCUGGAAACGGCCAAGAAAGAACUGCAAUCUUAAGUUGUAACUGAAAUCAAGGUGAUUGAGGUUUAUAAUCAUCACUGACCAUCAACCAUGACUACCUCAGCCAGUGACGGAAAAGCUGCCAAGAUGUUAGAUGCACUGCAGAGUGACCUCAAAGCUCUAUGUAUGGAAACCAAGAAGAGAUACCCACAUAUUAAAGAUUCAUGUGAGGAAGCAAUCAUCAAGGUUCGGGGAGCAUCCAUGAAUCCCCAGUCAUCUCUCUCCCAGAUCACCUCCCAAGUUCUCUAUCCUCUUGUACAAGCAGCAGAAACAAAGGACCCAAAGAUUGUUAAGCUGUCUCUGACCUUGAUGCAGCGACUGAUAGUAGCAGAUGUGGUAGAUACCAACAGUGGAGAGCAUGUGGUGGAAACACUAUGGAUGCUAAUGGAAGCUGGGAUUGAGGAACUGAAAGUCUUACAGACUGUGACUCUGCUCCUUACUACCAGUGCUGUCAUUCAAGGAGCAACUCUUGCCAAGGCUCUUGUUCUUUGCUUUCGUCUCCAUUUCACAAAAGAUGCAACAGUUGUUAAUACUGCAAGUGCAACUGUACGUCAGCUUGUUAGUGUUGUUUUUGAGCGCGUUGUAGCUGAAGAUGCAAAGUACUACAAAGAAGAAAGUAGUGGUAUCAGCACCACUGAGGAAGAGGUUGAAGAACAUAUCAACCUGGAGGAACUGAAGGUGCUAAGUGCCAAUUCCCCCAAGACUCUACAUCCAGCUGCUGCUGAUGCAUAUCUCAUGUUCCAGGAUUUAGUGCAGUUAGUAAAUGCAGACCAGCCUCUAUGGCUCCUUGGUCUCACUGAGAUGACAAGAACCUUUGGUUUAGAACUUUUGGAAUCCGUCCUCACAACUUUCCCAACUGUAUUUUACAAUCAUACUGAAUUCAACUUCCUAUUGAAGGACAGAGUAUGUGCUUUGGUGAUAAAGCUGUUCUCCCCCAAUAUAAAGUAUCGCACAUCAGUGCCCGCCAGCAUGCAGCAAGCAACGCCACUUGACAAACCUUACUUCCCGAUAGCAAUGAGGCUGCUUCGCGUGGUGUCUGUAUUAAUUCAGAAAUACUACCCUCUUCUGGUGACACAGUGUGAAAUAUUUUUAUCACUUAUGGUGAAGUUCCUUGAUGGUGAUAGGCCAAUGUGGCAACGGGGUCUGGCUCUAGAGGUCUUGCAUAGACUGGCAACACAACCAAACCUUUUACAGAGUUUUUGUACAAAUUAUGACAUGAAGCCACAUGCCACCAAGAUUUUUCAGGACAUAGUGAAUAGUCUAGGUGCAUUUGUACAGUCCCUCUUCAUAUCUCCACAAUCAAGUGCUGCAUCCCAGUUGAGCAGUAACAGUCCAGGAGGGGGACAGGGACAGUCUCCUGCUCUCUUGGCUGGCAUGCCAGUGGGUCCUGGAGUAUCUCCCCAGCCAGCCUUCUUUUACAGGGGUGUCUAUCUUCCUCUCUGCAUCAGUAUUCCUACUGGGCAGGCAAAGUCCUCUUACUUGGAGAUGUUAGAUAAACUUGAACCUCCCACAAUCCCUGAUGGCUAUGGAGUGAGUGUGGCUUACUACUGUCUCCUUGACAUCAUUCGUUCCAUCCACCUGGUUAUGAUGGGCCCCAAUGCUCCAGCUGAGGGACACUCAGGUGUGAAUGAACAGUAUGACCCUAGUGAGGAAGAGCGGAGGAUUCAUGAACAGUUGGUCAAUUCAGCAUGGUGUGGUUUGUUGGCUGCCUUGACCAUCCUUCUUGAGGCAUGUACAGAUGAGGCUGCCACAGAGAAUAUUCUCAAAGCUAUUCAGACUUUUGCUAGUUUGGCUGGUAAGCUUGAGCUUACUACUCCUCGUGAUGCCUUCAUUACUGCCCUUUGUAAGUCAUGUCUCCCACCACACUACACCCUGACGGUGCUCAACAAUGCCAGCGUUGCCGCUGCGGCUUCAUCCUCAUCGGUGUCACGGGGCCAUCAGCGUUCUCCAAGUACUGAAUCACAACACCAGUAUUAUGACUCUGAGGUGCGUCAUCAAGUGGUGGCAGUGGGAACAGCCUUGGCCACACCCUCACUUCCUGUGGGAGCACAACAAGGCCCUGUGAUGUUGACCAAUAAAAAUCUACAGUGUAUGAGAGCAACAUUGUCAAUGGCACAUUGCCAUGGAGGAGUCCUUGGGGCUGCAUGGCAUCUCCUCCUCACAACCCUGCAGCACCUGGUGUGGAUCCUUGGUCUCAAGCCUUCUACUGGAGGAAGCUUAAAAGCUGGACGCAGCACUGCAGAGACGAAUGCAGUGAUCACAACAGCGGUCAUAGCUGAUCUGCCAGUUCUGUCAUCAAUGCUUAGUCGAUUGUUUGAGUCAUCUCAGCACCUUAAUGAUGUGGCUCUUCAUCAUCUCAUUGAUGCACUUUGCCAGCUGUCCAGAGAGUCCAUGGAGCUUGCAUAUACCAAUAGGGAGCCUUCCCUCUUUGCUGUAGCAAAGCUUCUAGAGACUGGUGUGGUAAAUUUGGGUCGUGUGGAGGUUCUGUGGAGGCCAGUAACGAAUCAUCUGUUGGAUGUGUGUCAACAUCCCCAUGUGCGGAUGAGAGAAUGGGGCGUGGAAGCAGUGACUUACCUGGUUAAGGCUGCUCUCACACAUAAACACAACCCACCACUCAAAGACAAUCAGAAAUUGCAAACACUGCUGCUGUCACCAUUGUCUGAGGUGUCGCUGGUUGGCCAUCCUGAUGUACGCCAGAAGCAACUUGAAUCCCUCCUACACAUCCUCCAUUCUUGUGGGGAACUGCUUCAUCAUGGGUGGCCUCUCAUCCUGAACAUAAUUGGGGCCAUUAAUGACAAUCACAGUGAACACCUUGUGCGACUAGCUUUCCAGUGCCUGCAGCUGGUUGUGACAGACUUCUUGCCUCUAAUGCCAUGGAGCUGCUUGCCUCUUACUGUUGACACAGCAGCCAAGUUUGGAUCUCAGACUCAAGAACUAAAUAUAUCAUUGACAGCUAUUGGUUUGAUGUGGAAUAUCUCAGACUACUUUUACCAAAAUCAAGAAAAGUUACGAGUAUCCCUCACCUCAGACAACCAAGUGUUUCCAGACUUCCCAGGGGUGCCCAACAUGCCUCCAUUUGAUAAAUUGUGGAUGUGCCUCUAUGCACGACUGGGUGAUUUGUGUGUUGAUUCUCGACCUGCAGUUCGAAAGUCUGCUGGUCAAACUCUUUUUUCUACUAUUGCUGCUCAUGGAGCUUUGCUGCACAAUCAAACAUGGCAGGCUGUCCUCUGGCAGGUGCUGUUCCCCCUUUUGGACAAAGUCCGUCAACUGUCAGACUCUGCUAGUACCGAUAAGGUGGACCAAGGUGGAAAUAUCCUGAUUCAUCACUCUCGAAAUACACAACAGAAGCAGUGGGCAGAGACUCAGGUACUCACUUUAUCUGGAGUUGCUCGAGUGUUUAGCACAAAGCAGAAGAUUCUUCAAGGUUUGGGAGACUUCCCUCGAGCGUGGGCACUUCUGCUUGAUUUCAUUCAUACUGCUGCUCUUUCUAAAAGCAAUGAGGUAUCUUUAGCUGCUCUAAAAUCGCUGCAAGAGAUGCUUCAGGCUGGACGGUCAUCUGCCCCAUCCACCUCAGGUUUACCAGAAGACUCCACUUCACCUUCACACUUAAAUUCUUCAGUAGUACCAGAGGAUUCCAUUGCCAACUGGAACACUGCUUGGAAGGUUUGGCACACAAUAGGAAGUGAAGUGACCAAGCCACCUCCAGAUGAAGUGACACGAGGCUCAGACGCUUAUAUCCCUUCCCAGCCAUUCCUCACUGCUCUUGUUCAUAUCUUCCCACACCUCUUCCUUCACAUUAAACAUCGCUUUGUUGUGAGUGACUUCACCAGGCUGGCCUCAGUAUUACUAGGAUGUGUGUCUGUGCCAGUGCAUGGAGAUUCCUCACCAUUCAUCCUGCCAUCCUUCACAGAGGUGGUUGUUACACCACUCCAAGAAGGCAUACUUCAGGCUCUUGUAGGAGUGGAAAAGGAAAUAACUGAAGGGAGUGGAGCUUCUAGAGCCAUGGUGCCACAGUUGUUCUCCCUUUUGCUGCAGUUUUCUUCUUACAGCUGUCAGGCUCCAAGUUAUGGCAAUGUCCUCACCAGACCUCACACUUCAAAGGGAUCAACAGACUGGGUAACAAUGAAUUUUGUGCCAUUUGCUGAAAGAUCAAUGUCAAUGGUGGUAUCAUUAUACCAGAAGACUUCAAAUUGGCAAGAGGUUAUUGAAGCAAGUGUUUUGAAGAAUAUUAUUCAGGCCACAAUUACUCCUUUGCGCCUAAAAUACCAAUGUCCUGCUCAAACCACCUGGAAGCUGGUCAUCACCACACUGCUGACAGUGCUUCAAGAAGGCCUUCAGCUGGCACGUGAACAUCCAACACACUUCAAAGAUAUGUGGCCUGUGUUAGGCACAGCCCUUGACAGUUUCCUGUUCUCAAACAGCCCUCCACCAGCUAACCAGAGUAGUGAAGAUGCUGAGAGAGAUGAAGGUAUAGACUGUCAAGUGGUUGAACUUAUAAGGGAAGAAAUUCUUCCGUAUGCUUCAUCCACCCCCAGUGACUUCAUUGUUUCAAUCAUGGUGCUUCUUAAUAAAGGCUCAAUAGAGUCUGCUUCUGGAGUAGAUUCUGCAGAUUGUGAAGGCUUCAAACUGAGAGAAGAAUUUGCAAAAACCUGUUUUGAGACACUUCUUCAAUUCUCCCUUCUCACUCCUUCAGAUCUUGAUCCAGAGCUUGACAAUACAGAUAAAGGCUCAUCCAGGAAGUCUUUGGAAACAAGCAAUGGGUUCACAGCACAAGAUUCUACUAGUUCUUUAGCACAGUCAGACUCCACACAGGUCACCACUAAACUGGCUGUCACUUCACUUCUCCAUAGAUUCAGAGAAGUUCUGGUUAAGUAUGUGGAGGAUGAGAAGCUCAGUGGAAAAUGUCCUUUACCAAGACAUCGUAUUGCUGAAAUAAGCUUUGUUCUAAAGGCUAUUGCUACCUUGUUGUCUUCACUGAAAAAGGCACCAAUAGAAAAAGUGGAUAGCAUGACAUGGACACAACUGAUAGGACUAUACCCUCAUCUGGUUGAAGUUGGAGGGGCCAGCAGCACUGGCUCUCCCCAGUUGUGGCGUUCCCUUAGAGAAGUACUCCUGCAGUAUGCUCAACUCCUGCAUCCUCCAUCCUCUCCAGCAGGCGAGGUUUGUGAUGCCACUGACACUACACACCUGAGCCUUGUGAAUGGGACGUGAGAGAACCAGAAAUUAGUGGUGGUAUUGAAUUUCUUACCUAGAACUUAUACAGAAAGUGUGGAAAAAGCAUAUAUUCAUAGGAAUUUUCUUUAUUAUUACUGUUUUAAUUAGUGUCAAUGUCAUGUUGUCCCAUUUUUAAGUACAGCUGUAAAUUAGUAAUUGUAAAUGCAGUAAUGGUUUGUUGAUAAUUACACAUGACAUUAUUAAUGUCAUAAUGUAUCUUAUUGUUCUUACAUUAAGUGGGGAAGAGACCAAGAUUGACAUUGCUUUGUAUUUUAUGAAUUAUUUUACUAAAUUUAUGCAUAUGCUUACAUUGUUUAAGUACCAAUAAUUUGUGCAAAUGUGUGUGUGUGUGUGUGUGUGUGUGUGUGUGUGUGUGUGUGUGUGUGUGUGUGUGUGUGUGUGCAUUUCUCAUCUUGAAGUGCAGACAGAGUCUGGUUUUGACUGGAGUACAAAUUAUAAUUGUUUACAAUAUUUGCAAAAGAUUUGUUCUAACAGUUUUGUUGAAAUAUAGAAAUAUAUUUUUUUUUCAGUUAC